AUCAUCGGUAGGCCUCGAUCACAGCCGGAUUGGUGACUUCAACAGACCACUUCUAAUUUCAACAAAAGUUCUUCUGUUUGCCUGUGAAACAUGUUUUCUUCAAACGACCACAGAAAGGACAAAAUGAUGCGCACCUUAACUGAGCACGCAUCCCACAAGGUCAUAGAGAAACGACGACGAGAUCGGAUCAACAAUUGUCUGUUAGAGUUAAGUCAGACAGUUCCCUUGGCAUUCGCUAAACAGAAUACGAGCAAACUGGAAAAAGCAGAAAUUCUGGAAAUGACUGUGAAUUAUCUACGAACUAUUCAAACAACUGAAGUAGGGCUUCGUUUUGACAAAGGUGACUGGUACAGCCCUGAUAUUUGGAGCGACUUCAUGCAGCAUUAUCAGUGCGGAUAUAGUGAGUGUAUGAGAGAAGUGGCUCGCUUUAUGACUGAUGUGGAGGGUGUCAAUGCUAACGACAGUCGAUUUACGAGGCUUCUGACUUAUCUACAAACUCGCUUUAGGCCCGAUUUCUCAGUCAGCGGUGGCCUCUCUUUCACGCACAUGCUGCAUAGAAUGACGUCAGUGGGAAAUUUGCUCACGGCCGGCGCAGCUCAAGAUGGCAUACCUUCUCCAUCAAGAGAUGUGAUUGGAUCAAACAGAUGUUCUGCACGCCUAUUGCCGUACGCCUUGCCAAACUGCAUUCAGUUUCCCAUAGGUUUAUCCGCUUCACGCUCCCAGAGUUCAACAGGAGGGACAGGAUUAGAACAUGACAUAAGCAGUUUUUCCCUUUCUAAUGACGUCAUCGUUUUUGACCAGAAUGGCUGGCCGCGAUCUGAACCCGUACGUGGCCAAGGCAACGGGCCAAUCAAACGUGUCAAAUACCAACACAGACAGAAAUAACAUCUAUUUACAUGAAUAUAUAUAUACCUCUGUAUAAAAUAAGCAUGUCAUUCAGAUGGCAUGAUUACAUUUCAUAUAUUGCAGUGAUUGAUAAUUGAAGAUGUAGUGUACAUAUAAAUACAGUUCUGCUCAAUUAGCUUGUUUGCGUGGAUAAAUCUUUUUAUACACCCAUGAUUUCUGAGGGCCACUAAUUUAUGGAAACCAAAUUCCACCACUCGUUCAUUCAUUUAUUUAUUCUGCUAUUGUCGCUUUUGCGAAUCACGAAAUGACAACAGUUCGUAUGUACUAAGACAAAGUGAAUGAAAAGUGUAAAGCAAAACUGUGCUCUCACGUCCAUAUGAAUGAAAGGAUGACUGACUGAAUGAAUGGUUCUAGUUAUAUAUACACGCCCA